AUGCCAUCAUUUGUCGAGACUACGAACUCCAACAAAGUGCUUGGUGACUUGCCGUCAUCGAGUGGUACGUCUAUUUCGCCUUCUACACCUCCCAGUUCAGCAGUCGGCAAUGUAGGUCCAAGUUCAUCUGAUAUGCAAUACUAUUACCAGUAUCUAUAUCCUUUCAAAUUAAUUUUCCAAUGGUUAAGCCACUCUCCAAAGCCACAACGGGACAUAAUUAACAGAGAAUUUGCGAUGGCCUUUAGAUCUGGAGCUUACAAGAGAUAUAAUUCGUUCAAUACAAUUCAAGAGUUUAAACAACAAAUCCAAAGGGGAAAUCCAGAUAGGUUUGAAAUUGGUGCAGUGUACAACAAACCUCCCAGAGAUCGUGAUUCUGUGCUAAAGACAGAAAUGAGACCCAUUGAGAAGGAGCUAGUAUUUGAUAUUGACAUGGAUGACUAUGACGCCUUCAGGACCUGUUGUUCUAGGGCGCAGGUUUGUGAUAAGUGCUGGAAGUUUAUAUCUUUAGCCAUGCAAGUCAUGAAUACAUCGCUGCGAGAAGAUUUUGGAUUUACCGAAUAUAUAUGGGUUUUCUCUGGUAGACGUGGUGCGCAUUGUUGGAUAAGCGAUAAGAGAGCGCGUGUUUUAACUGACAUACAGAGAAGAAGCAUCAUAGACUAUAUGAAUGUUAUUAGAGACAGAAAUCUAGAAAGGAAGCUUAACUUCAUAAGGCCAUAUCAUCCCCAUUUAUCGCGUUCCUUAAAUAUUCUCAAGCCACACUUUUUUUCUUUUAUACUGAGAGAGCAGGAUCCGUGGAAAGAUGAUGAACUUGCAAUACAAUCCUUGUUACCUGCGUUACAUGAUAGACAAUUGGCAGACAUGCUGAAACAGUAUUGGAAGGAAAACCCUGGCAGGUGUAGUGAAAAGAAGUGGAAGGAUAUCGAUGUAAUCGCUUCCAAUCAGAUGAAACAGACAAGAAAACAAGACUACACGACUCGGUUGCGUGAAUGUAAGGAGGAUUUCAUAUUGGCUGUACUAUAUCCUAAAUUAGAUGUGGAAGUCACAAAGCAAACUAUCCACUUAUUAAAGGCUCCAUUUUGUAUUCAUCCUUCAACAGGUAAUGUUUGCGUCCCAAUCACUGAUAUAUUCACCCCAUCUAAUGCACCUACAUUAUUUACUUUGCAACAAGAAAUGGAAUCCAAUGGGAACAAAAUUGAGGAAACUUCCUUGCAACCAUUCAUAGAUAUUUUCAGCAACUAUGUGUCAGAUGUUAUCAAGCAAGACAUACAAUUGCGUAAGAGAGAACGAGAUGAUAGUUUGGAAGAAACAGUGAGCUUUUAA